CCCAAUUUUUCUUUUUCCUUUUUUCUUUUCUUUUAGUGAUUUUAAUCCCUUAAUUAUAUCCUUGAGCUCCAACUCCGGGUUUACUGAGCCGAUCUCAGGACCUCCAUCCCCGCCCGGCCAUGGUUGACAGUAGAGGUCAAAUCAGACGAAUUCUCCGUUCGGCGUAUCGGAGUUUUGGCCUGGUGUUCGGCGCUCUGUGCAUUCCUCCGAUAUAUGUUUACAAGUGCGCGUUUUCCGGAGGAUUGUUCAAUUACCAAUCUGAAGAUGUCGUGUUUGGUGUGUUUUCCGUCAUUUUCUGGACUAUCACUCUCACAUCGUUGAUUAAGUACGCCGCUUUCGUGUUGAGCGCCAACGAUAACGGAGAAGGAGGAGUUAUUGCAUUGUAUGCGUUGAUUUGUCGAAAUGCGAAACUGUGUUUGAUACCUAAUCAUCAAGCGGCGGAUGAGGAGAUCACUACGUAUCGUUACCCGGGGCAUUCGAGUAGUAACAUGCCCAAUUCGUGGUUGAAGAGGUUUAUUGAGAGGCAUAAGAGUGUGAGGACGUGUUUACUUGUUCUGGUUUUGUUUGCAGCUUGUAUGGUGAUAUGUGUUGGUAUUCUCUCUCCUGCCAUUUCGGUUCUUUCAUCUGUUGAAGGCAUAAAAUUUCAAGCAAAGAAUCUACAUGAUGGUGUGGUGGUGCUCAUUGCAUGUAUUUUAUUAGUUGGCAUAUUUAUUUUGCAACACCGUGGUUUCCACAAGCUGGGCUUCAUAUUUUCUCCCAUUCUGAUCAUUUGGAUACUGCUGAUUGCUGGUGUGGGAAUCUACAAUAUCAUCAAGUGGAAUCCAAGAAUAUAUCAGGCUCUUUCUCCAUAUUAUAUUUACAUAUUUUUUAGGAGAACAGGGAGAGAUGGUUGGAUUUCUCUUGGAGGAAUAAUUCUAUGUAUAACUGGAACUGAAUAUAUGUUUGCAGAUCUUGGCAACUUUAAAACAAGACCAAUAAGGGUCGCAUUUUCUUGUGUCAUAUAUCCAUGUCUAAUACUUCAAUACAUGGGACAAGCUGCAUUUCUUUCAAGAAAUCUAUCUGCGGUGUCUAUGAGCUUUUAUGCUUCUGUGCCAGCUCCACUAAUUUGGCCUGUACUUGUGGUUGCUCCUCUUGCCGCCAUUGUUGCCAGUCAACCUGUUAUCUCUUCCACAUUCUCAAUUGUCAAGCAAUGUCAUGCAAUACGAUGUUUCCCACGUGUCAAGGUUGUUACAAACAGACGGAUCCCUGGUCAGUUAUACAUCCCUGAGAUAAAUUGGAGUCUUUUGAUUCUCAGCCUGGCCAUCACAGUUGGUCUUCGAGACAUAAAUUAUAUAGGACAUGCUUAUGGGAUCGCAUUUCUGGCUGUGACAAUCGUAACUACAUGGUUGACAUCACUAGUCAUCAACCUUGUUUGGAACCAGAGUUUCAUCCUCUCUCUUUUAUUUAGUUUACUUUUUGGUUCAUUGGAACUCAUCUACCUUUCAUCUUCAUGUAUGAAAAUUAUCAAAGGUGGAUGGUUUCCCCUUGUUUUCUCUGCAGUCUUCAUGGUGGUUAUGUAUGUCUGGCAAUAUGGCAUGAGGAAGAAGUAUUCGUAUGACCUGCAUAACAAGGUUUCAAUGAAGUGGAUACUCACACUGGGUCCUAGUCUUGGGAUUGUCAGGGUCCCUGGUAUUGGCCUCAUCUACACUGAGUUGGCUACUGGAAUCCCAUCAACAUUUACUCAUUUCCUAACCAACUUACCAGCCUUUUACCAAGUGGUUGUGUUUGUUUGCAUCAAAACCAUUCCUGUUCCUUAUGUGCCCCAAAAAGAAAGGUUUCUAAUUGGUAGGAUUGGUCCCAAGUCUUACGGGAUGUAUCGCUGUAUGAUUCGGAAUGGGUACAAAGACGUCUUUAAGAGUGGAGACGACUUUGAAAUUGACCUGGUGAUGAGCAUAGCAGAGUUCAUCCAGAUGGAAGCAGAAGGUUCUGAAACACCGGAAGGGUCUGUGGAUAAGCGUAUGGCAGUUGUGAGGACAUCUGGGACGUUCGGCACAAGAUUGGUGAUGUCACAAUCGUCUGACCCCGGAGAAAGCAGCAGUUCAGGUCCUUCUGCCCUUGUGGGCAGCUGCAAGUCACAGGUGCUGCUAGAUUUGCAAGCCACAUAUGAGAAAGAAGCGCCAAAGCUCAACUACUGGCGGCGGGCUCGGUUUGGGUUGCUGGAUACAAAGUACAAGGAUCCUCGUGUGAGGGAACAGCUCUUGGAACUUGUGAAUGCAAAGCAUGCUGGGGCAACAUAUGUAAUAGGUCACUCUUAUUUAAAGGCAAAGCAUAGUUCAUCAUUUUUAAAGAAGUGUGCUAUCAACAUUGCCUUCUCUUUCCUGCGUAAAAAUUGCCGGUCGCCUGCUGUUGCUUUGAACAUCCCUCAUAUUUGCUUGAUCAAGGUGGGUUCCAACUAUAUUGUGUGAGGCAAGCCUCUGGUGGUGCAUCUUCUGAGAAUGGAUAUGAUUAGUUUGGCAGCAAAACUUGCACUAGUGGCUGCUUUAUCCAUAGCCACAAGCACUUGUUGUAUGUGAAUAGUUUUAGAUUCUUGGUGUUGGAAGAUAAUGUUGCUCAGUUGGCAUGAACACACAGGUGAGUACAUCAGUGACAAGUUGGUAUUCUCCUAAUUAAGAGAUUCUGAAUAAUUGAGUUUGACAGAGAUGUGCAGUCUGUCCUUUGAGGCUUUGAAGCAGGAUU